UCAGUCCGUUACCUCCAUGCAGAAGAUGUCGGGCUGUGUUAACCUUCGUGUUGCGGUGCUCCGUGGUGCACUAAGAGGAGCUUUUAGCCUCCAGAACCGGACACGGACCGGCCCAGCUGCCGCCGCCGGGCUCAGGUUAGCAUCCAGCGCUGCACAGAAAAGAAAGCAGGCGAUAAUCGAGUCCACGGAGGAGUACAAGUUCGUAGAGCGGCUCGUUCCCCCGUCGCGAGUCCCCGACCCUCCUAAACAUGUCGGAGCCGCCCCAUCCGGCUGGAUACCCCCGGCUGAAAGUCCGCCGGCACUGCCGUACAUGAUCCGCCGCUCCCGCAUGCACAACGUCCCGGUUUACACCGACCUGACCCACGGCAACCGCAAGAUGACGCUGGUUCGGAAGGUGGAGGGAGACAUCUGGGCUCUGGAGAAGGACGUGAGGGAAUACCUGAUGGAGGUGACGGGGAAGGAGCUGCCCACGCAGGUGAAUGAGGUCACCAUGACCCUGAAGGUCAAAGGUCACUUUGAUCAGGAGUUGAAGGACUGGCUGACCAACAAAGGCUUCUGAGACCGACACACCUGAGACUUCCGGUUCUUCAAACCUGAGGCUUUCAGCUUUGAACACUUCCGGUCUGACUCGGAGCCUUUUUCUGGUUUCAAACUGGACAUUUUGAAUCAACGCGUCAUUAAACAUGAUCCUGUGUGUGGAUUACAGCAGAACCCACGAGCUGAUGUUCACAGCUGUGAGCUGCUGCUUCUACACGGGAACAAUGUUGAUCCAAACACCAUUAAACAAAACCUGUUCUUGUAAGAAGAAAGAUCUUGCCCUUCUUGACUUAAACUGGGCUUGAGCAAGCGACCCCAGGGUUGAAUGGCUGCAGCACGUAACCACAGGGCUACCGCACCGUAAUGUUUUUG